AUGUUUUUUUCUUAUCAUCGUGAAUUGAUAGAUAAUAAAAUGAACGCCCACCAAAAUAACUAUUAAUUGUUAAUUUUAUCGUGGUCUUCUACAACUGAAUUAAAAAUGUUUGGAAAGUUCACGUAUUUUUUAUUAUUGUGGGCGAAUGUGUGCAAUUUAAAUCACGCACAUGAAAUGACUGUUUCCCUUUUUUACAAACCAUUCAGCUCCGAUAGCAUCGAGUUUAUUACAAAACAAUUAUUUCCAACAUACAAAAUUCUAGGUAAUCUAUUGAAAUUGGAAUUAGUGCCGUAUCCAAAAAUAUUGGGAAACGUGAAAAUGAAUGAAACAAACCCUAUAGAAUACUACGCUACAAUCAUACACGCAUGCGCUAUACAUAUGUAUUCUACAGAAGAAAGCACUGAAUUUAUAAAUUGUGCUAUGACUACGAAAGAUUCAAGUUUUAAAGAAGAUAUUAUAGAGUGCAGUGACGGAUCUGGAUUGAACUGGAAUGAUAUUGAAAGAUGCUAUAAAACUGGACAGUACCAGAAAUUAUUAAAACAAUUGAUAUAUCGUAUUGAACAUGUCGAUCGUAAAAUAGAAAGUUUUCCCACGAUACUUUUAAGCAAUAAAUUCAACGAAACUAUACAAGUAGAAGCGAAAUCCAAUUUCAAAAAUUCAAUUUGCGAAUUUGUACUUAACGAACCGGAAUAUUGUAAUCGUGAUGAAUUUACCGUUAAUGGAAAAACAGAAGAAGAAUUCAUACCCAAUUACUGAUAAAUAAACUCUGUAGAAUAUUUUUUUGAGCAUAAUUUGUAAUAAUGAAGUUUUGAAUUCGAA